CCACAGCUUGGUGAUAUAGACGAGACGCAAUGGCAAGGAAUGCAUGAGUCUGAGAGAGAGAGAGAGAGAGAGAGGAGAAAAAGGAGAGCCUGAAGAAGAAAAGGCCAUGUGUUCAUGUAUGUGUGAGAGAGAGAGUGUAAAAAAGACAGAUACAUAGAAAGAUAGACUGGAGAAAGACUGGUGUUGUGUGAAUGAGAGAAAGAGAGAGCGUGGUGGUAGAGAGAGAGGGAGACAGUCAGACAGAAAAUGUUUGUGAAGGACAGACAGGGAGAGAGGGCAAAGGAAGCAGUAUGAGAGAGAAUAGAGUCAGAGAAAGAUAGACAGAGAGAAGGAGAGAGAGAGAGAGAGGUGGGAGUUAGGAGGAGGGAGUAAAAGAGGAGAGUUAAAGCAUGUGGGCGAGUGGCUAGGCUGGGUAUGAAAGGUGAAUCUCUCCUAGCAACGCUUUAACCAGAGCCAACAGGAAAGCCUUUCCAAAGCAAACAGCACGGAGGAGCGGGGAGGUAAGGGGGGACCCCACACACACACCCGUGCGUAAACACACACACGCGCGCGCGCACACGCACUGCAUCCUCCCACUCCGCUCCGUGGCUGCGCCCGGGUUCGCCGGCUGAUCUGGGAUCAGCGGGGCCGCUCUCCAGCGCUGCGAUGAGCAGGGCGCUCUGGCAGCGCGUGCUGCUGCCGGGCUGCUGGCUCCUGCUGCUGCUCGCCCCCCGGACGGCGCUCCCCCACCCGCAGUGCCUGGACUACAAGCCCCCCUUCCAGCCCCAAGAGCCCCUGGGCUUCUGCAAGGAGUACAGCAAGUUCGGCUGCUGCGACGUGGAGAAGGACAGGCUGAUAUCCCAGAGGUACCUCAUGAUCAAGGACUACUUCGACGACUCCGGGAUCCUCACCUGCGGAAAAUACAUCCGCAGCAUUCUGUGCCAGGAAUGCUCUCCGUACUCUGCCCACUUGUAUGAUGCAGAAGAUGCCAACACUCCCAUGAGAGAGCUCCCGGGGCUGUGUGGGGAGUACUGCUCUGAGUUCUGGCACCAGUGCCGCUACGUCCUCAGCCUCCUAACGGACAACAACAUCACCGCCGCGAUCGAGGACGAUCGCGACCUCUUCUGCAACUUCCUGGAGCUCAAGGACCCGCAGUACUGCUACCCCAACGUGCUGUCCAACACCGACCUGAACGCCAACCUGGGGUCGGUGCAGGCGGACCCCGAGGGCUGCCUGCAGCUGUGCCUGCAGGAGGUGGCCAACGGCCUCCGGAACCCUGUGGCCAUGGUGCACGCCGACGACGGAACACACCGCUUCUUUGUGGCCGAGCAGCUGGGCUACGUUUGGGUCUACCUGCCCAACGGGUCGCGGGUGGACCGGCCCUUCCUCAACCUGACCCGCGCCGUGCUCACCUCACCCUGGGCCGGGGACGAGAGGGGCUUUCUCUGCAUGGCCCUGCACCCCCGCUUCACCUCCGUCCGCAAGGCCUACGUGUACUACUCGGUCGCCGUCAAGAAGCAGGAGAGGAUCCGCAUCAGCGAGUUCACGCUGUCCACCACCGAUAUGAACAUGCUCGACCACUCCUCAGAAAGAACUCUCUUGGAAGUGGUGGAACCGGCUUCCAAUCACAAUGGCGGACAGCUUCUCUUUGGCCACGAUGGGUACCUCUACAUCUUCAUAGGGGACGGAGGCAGAGGAGGAGACCCCUUUGGAAAGUUUGGGAACUCUCAGAACAAGUCCACCCUACUGGGUAAAGUGCUCCGUGUGGACGUGGACAACAACGAUGACAGCGCCCCCUACAGCAUCCCCUCGGACAACCCCUUCCUGAGGGAGAAGAGUUCCCGUCCUGAGAUUUACGCCUACGGGGUGCGGAACAUGUGGCGCUGCUCCAUCGACCGGGGCGACCCCGUCACGGGCGAGGGGCGUGGCCGCCUGUUCUGCGGGGACGUGGGACAGAACAAGUUUGAGGAGGUGGACCUCAUCGUCAAGGGAGGAAACUAUGGCUGGAGGGCAAAGGAGGGCUUCUCCUGCUACGACAAACAGCUGUGCAAAAACUCCACUCUGGAUGACAUCCUCCCCAUUUAUGCGUACCCCCACAAAAUGGGGAAGUCCGUGACUGGAGGCUACAUCUACAGAGGCUGUGAGAUGCCGAAUCUCAACGGACUCUACAUUUUCGGGGACUUCAUGAGCGGACGCCUCAUGUCCCUCCAGGAGAAUAAGGACACUAAUGAAUGGCAGUACAAGGAGAUCUGCAUGGGCACAGGUCAGACCUGUCGCUUCCCCAAGCUCAUCAACAGCUACUACAAGUACAUCAUCUCAUUCGCUGAAGAUGAGGCAGGAGAACUCUACUUCAUGUCUACUGGGGUCCCAAGUGCUGCUUCUCGAGCAGGGUUAGUCUAUAAGAUAGUAGACCCUUCCAGGAGAGCACCUCCAGGCAAGUGCAGCUUCAAGCCUUAUCCUGUCAAAGUGAAGGGCAAGUUAAUUCAUUUCAGGCCAAAGGAAGAAUUUGUGAUUAACAAAAAGCCCACCACAACCGCAGCCCCUACCACACCAAAGACAACUGCCGCCACGACCCGGCCUGCAGGGAGGCCUACCACCAGGCCAAAAGCCACGACAACCAGGGCUGCCACCACCAGGACAAAAGCCACGACUACCAGGGCUGCCACCACCAGGUCGAAAGUCACGACUACCAGGGCUCCCACCAGCAGGUCGAAAGCCGUGACCACCUGGGCACAGACCCGAGCGGUUACGGAUCUCUCCAGGACCACUCUCCCGAGGCCGACGCAAAGACCUGCCGUGGCAGCCACCUCGGCCCCGCCGCGAUGGAACCUGGCGACCACUGUCAGGCCGGCCUUUGCCACCUCUGCUCCCCGGCCCCGCCACACCCCGACACCUCUGCUCCAGUACAGCGUCGGCACCACGGGUCGAACUGCCACCCCCGCGUCCCACAGGACCAGAGUCCCCUAUACCCCAGCCGGCAGGAGGACUCCCCAACCCACGGUGCGCCCCAUAACCAGGCAGCACCCCACUACUGUCAAAAACCAGACACCGCUGCUGAAGACCGAAGGCGUUUACCCAAAAAGCCCACAAACCACUCCAAGGCCCCUCCAUUGGAUUUCAACACCAAGGACCACCUCCAAGACACAGCGGCCCAACUUUACCAUCCCCAAGGCCCAAGAGAAGACCUUGAAAGGCCUGGAGGACAAGGCCAAGUCCCCGGACAGCCUGAAGGAGAACCGGGUCAACAAGAAGGGCCGGGGCCGGGGCCCGAAGUCCAGGAGGCUCCGGCGGCGCAAAGAGGGCGCAGUGCGGCUGGUCAGCGCCCAGAAGCUGGCCGACCGGGGCCGGGUGGAGGUCUUCGUCAAGGGCGAGUGGGGGACGGUGUGCGACGACAUGUUCAACAGCAAGGCGGCGACCGUGGUGUGCCGCCAGCUGGGCUUCCCCGCGGCCCUGCGGGUGGCCAAGCGGGCGGAGCUGGGCCCGGGCGAGGGGCUGAGCAUCCUGCUGGACGACGUGGAGUGCGAGGGCACGGAGAAGACCCUGCUGGACUGCAAGCGGGCCAAGAUCGGCAAGCACAACUGCUCGCACCAGGAAGACGUGGGGGUGGUGUGCGGCUACGACGAGUACGAGGACAGCUGAGGGCCGGGACCCCCAGCGGGCCCCUCGGGCUUUCCCCGACGCCCCCUGGUGGAGGCUCAUGAACUCGAAACAGAGAAGGCUAAAAACUGAUAGGCGUACGGUCGAGCACCAGUUUGAUUUUGAGCAUCAUCCAACACAGCCAAGUUUGUUUUUUUAUUUGCUUGCAACCAAUGUGGUGGAAAUAACUUUUCAACCUGAGAACUUUUCACGUGAAAAUCUGAAAUAUUGGAGUUUCAUCCACAUCCCUUUUCUUUCAUUAAAACAUAUGCAAUGGGAAGGUUACAAUGCUCAUUUCACCACAUUAGAUGCAAUUAAGUACAAGAAUAACUGGUUGCUGGUUGGUAUUUUUUGACAGGAUAGGAGAAGGUGCUUGUUUAUACAAAACAACCAAAGAAAAAUGAAGUUACUUAGCAGAGUAACUGUGGUUAAUGUUUUUUCCUGCCUCCCCUGCUUCAGACUAGUGAGCUAACACUGAAUGCCCAGCUCUAGGUAAUGUCCCCUUAUCAACACACCAGAGUGAAAACACAGCCAUGCGAUGAAAAGCAUUUUUCUCACUAAAUUAUAUCUACAAGUGCCUUGCUGGAUAUAUCGAGUAUUUUUCAAUCAAUUUUCAGCCUUUCAAGAGCUUCACCUAGUGUUGCCUUGGUAAAAAUAUUUAAUUCACAAAUAUAAUAUUUUUUUAUUCUGCCAUGAAUACUGAGGUACUUUUUCAUGGUUUGAUCAGUUAUAUUUUCAAAGAUCAUUUGCCUGAGAGCGAUUCUGGCUGAUCUUGAAGUUCUCCUGAACAGUUCAUGAAUAAAGAUGAAUGAGAAGCUCCUAUUUAAGUGCCCUGCUUACAGGCACCAGCUAAGAAACAAUGACUUUAAUGGAGAAAAGCAGUGUCACUUUAAUAUUUGCUGUAAGUUUACAUAAUCAGUUUUACUGCUACUUCUCCUGGAAAGAGAGACAUUUGAGUUUGCCCACCUUUCUCUGGCCCUAAUGUGGUUGUCAUGACAGAAGCCUAAUUUGCACCCCCAUGCUUAAAAAUGCCAGGAGCUCCUUGGUAAUUGGUGGCUUUUGCCAUUUCUUGUGUAGUUCAAAAAAUAUUGCUGAUGAGAACAUACCAUAACAUAUCACUGGUUCGCUUUUUAGAAUAAAAUGUUGAAAAUAUUCAUAUUCACUAGGGCUGGGACUGGGUUAUUUUUCAAUCAAAGGUGUGUCAACUCAAUGAACAUUGGUCAGAAAUAAAAUGUAUAUCUAUUGCUAUGGUAUCUACUUGGAGCAAAAUUUGGUUUAAACCUAGUGUAACACAUGAAAAUGUGUGGUUUUUUGUAUUAUUACAAAGAGAAUAUUGCUAAUGAAGAAAAUGCUGGACAUUAUUUGCUUUAUUGUAAAAGCUGCUUUAUUGUUUGCACACUGUAUAUUCCUAAGGCACAGGAUGUCUUUGUAAUUGAUAAAUUAAAAAGUAAAAAGAAAAGCUCA